AGCAGGCGGGCGCUCACUGGCUGCUCCCAGCCUUUCCUGGGCUCUGUGAGCUGGGCGCGGGUGGAGAAGCCUCCCUGAGUCUCCGAGUUCCCUGAACCCUCGCUACUGGGCAGUGUGGGGAAGGGGGUGGGGGAGCGGGUGUUUUCAGCAGCCUGACAGUCUGAGCCUUGGAGAGCGGGGCUCGGCUGCGUUUCAUCUGGCCUCAGGGCCCCUGUGGUCCUCUGGGGGAACGGGCUCGCUCCGGCUCCAGGAUUGCCCCAUGUAUGCCCGUGCUUGCAUCACACUGCAGUGAAUUGGGCUCCUACAGAAGCCGAUCUCCGGCUCGCGCUGGGAGCCGGAGAGGAGGGUCUUUGGAGAAAGUUGGAAGGAAAGAGAAACUUUCUUACAUCCUCAAAGGGAAGGAUUUACAUCAGCAAACAUCCUGCACCAACUGAUUGUCUAUUUAACUAUCUGGAAUUACCAUCUGACCAUUUGAUCAUGUGGAAUUACUGAAGCACAGGCUUCUCACUAGCUGACAUUCGUGACUGAGAACUUGAAAGUCAUUAUGACGAACCAGGAGAAGUGGGCUCACCUCAGUCCUUCCGAGUUCUCUCAGCUCCAGAAGUAUGCUGAAUAUUCUACGAAAAAAAUUAAGGAUGUCCUGGGAGAAUUCCAUGGUAAUGGUGUACUAGCCAAGUAUAAUCCAGAGGGGAAACAAGACAUUCUUAACCAAACCAUAGAUUUUGAAGGUUUCAAGCUGUUCAUGAAAACGUUCCUGGAGGCUGAUCUCCCUGAAGAUUUCAGUGCCCAUCUCUUCACAUCCUUUAGCAACCAAGCUCCUCAUUCCAGCCCCUUGGUCAAAAGUAAACCUCCCCUCCUCUCUGGGGGUCUGCGGAUGAAUAAAGGUGCUGUGACUCCACCCCAUACUUCUCCAGCCAGUCUGCAUCAGCCACAGGUCAUCCAACUGAAGGAUAUUGUCUGCUACUUGUCCUUGCUUGAACGAGGGAGACCUGAAGACAAACUAGAGUUCAUGUUCCGCCUCUAUGACACUGACGGCAAUGGCUUCCUGGACAGUUCGGAGCUGGAAAACAUCAUCAGUCAGAUGAUGCACGUGGCUGAAUAUCUCGAGUGGGACGUCACAGAGCUCAGUCCGAUACUUCAUGAAAUGAUGGAAGAGAUCGACUAUGAUCAUGACGGCACCGUGUCUCUGCAGGAGUGGAUUCAGGGAGGGAUGACGACCAUCCCCUUACUGGUGCUCCUCGGCUUGGAGAACAAUGUGAAGGAUGAUGGGCAGCACGUUUGGCGCCUGAAGCACUUCAACAAGCCAGCCUACUGCAAUCUUUGCCUGAACAUGCUCAUUGGCGUGGGGAAGCAGGGCCUGUGCUGCUCCUUUUGCAAGUACACGGUCCAUGAGCGCUGUGUGGCAAGAGCACCUCCUUCUUGCAUCAAGACCUACGUGAAGUCCAAAAAGAACACAGAUGUCAUGCACCAUUACUGGGUCGAAGGCAACUGCCCAGCCAAGUGUGACAAGUGUCAUAAAAAUGUGAAAUGUUACCAAGGCCUGACUGGACUUCACUGUGUUUGGUGUCAGAUCACACUCCAUAAUAAAUGUGCCUCCCACCUCAAACCUGAGUGCGACUGUGGAGUCUUGAGGGACCAUAUCUUACCACCCACAGCAAUCUGCCCAGUGGUGCUGACUCUGCAAACUUCAGGAGUUUCACUUCCUGAGGAUCGCCAAGGAAGUGUGAACAAGGAUAAUGGAGCCUCCCAACAAGCCAACAAAGCUGGAGACAAGACCAAAAUGCAGAGAGCCAACUCAGUGACUGUAGAUGGACAAGGCCUACAGAUUACUCCAAUUCCUGGCACUCACCCACUGUUGGUUUUUGUCAACCCCAAGAGUGGUGGGAAGCAAGGAGAAAGAAUCUACAGAAAAUUUCAGUAUCUCUUAAAUCCUCGCCAGGUUUAUAGUCUUGCUACGAAUGGACCCAUGCCAGGGUUAAAUUUUUUCCGAGACGUUCCUGACUUCAGGGUUCUGGCAUGUGGUGGAGAUGGAACAGUGGGCUGGAUUUUGGACUGCAUAGAGAAGGCCAAUAUAGUCAAGCACCCUCCCGUUGCGAUCCUACCUCUUGGGACCGGUAAUGACCUAGCCAGAUGCCUCAGAUGGGGAGGAGGCUAUGAAGGAGAGAGUCUGAUGAAGAUCCUCCGAGACAUUGAGAACAGCUCCCAGAUCAUGCUGGACCGAUGGAGGUUUGAAGUCACCCCAAAUGAUAAAGAUGAAAAGGGAGACCCAGUGCCUUACUCGAUCAUCAAUAACUAUUUUUCCAUUGGUGUGGAUGCCUCCAUCGCCCACAGAUUCCACAUUAUGAGAGAGAAACACCCAGAGAAGUUCAACAGCCGAAUGAAGAACAAGUUUUGGUAUUUUGAGUUUGGCACCUCGGAGACAUUCUCGGCGACCUGCAAGAGACUGCACGAAUCUGUGGAGAUCGAAUGUGAUGGCGUGCAGCUAGACCUAAUAAACAUCUCACUGGAAGGAAUUGCUAUUUUAAAUAUUCCCAGCAUGCAUGGAGGAUCCAAUCUUUGGGGAGAGACCAAGAAAAGGCGAAGUCAUCGCAGAACUGAAAAGAAGGGUUCAGAUAAGAGAACAACUGUCACUGAUGUUAAGGAGCUAAAGUUUGCAAGUCAAGAUCUGAGUGACCAGCUUCUGGAGGUGGUUGGCCUAGAAGGUGCCAUGGAGAUGGGUCAGAUUUACACUGGCCUGAAGAGUGCAGGCCGCCGCCUGGCUCAGUGCUCCUCCGUGCUCAUCAGGACAAGCAAGUCACUGCCGAUGCAGAUCGAUGGGGAGCCAUGGAUGCAGACCCCAUGUACUAUAAAAAUUACCCACAAGAACCAAGCACCGAUGCUUAUGGGCCCCCCGCCGAAAACUGGGUUCUUCUGCUCCAUCGUCCGGAGGACACGGAACCGCAGCAAGGAGUGAGCCCAGCUGCUUGGGUCUUCGCCACCAAACAGGCGCUCUCCAGCUUGCGAACGAACACUCGCUCUGGAGAGCUUCGACCCGUUUCUGUCGUCUGUAUAUGCCGCCAACUCUUGGAAUUGGUUCUGCAGUGUCUGUGCCUGAGCUCAUGUACAUUUCUGCUAUUAGAACAUUUCUUGUCCCAGUUUUAGAGGCAUUUUGCAUGAAGAAAGCAGAUGUUACCAUAAAGUGAUACUGCAUAUAUCUGUGGCAUGCAUUCCCAUGGAUUUUUAUGUCUCUCUCCCCACCCUAACCCUGCCCCCCUUCUUCAACCCCUGCUUACUAACUUGUGGGAGUAGGCUGUUGUGAAACAUGAAAAGGGAACUGCAAAGAGAAACGAAAACUCUCCAUCUGAUCCCCUUUGUGAACAAGCCCAUAUCAGUAAGACCAGGCUGAGGAUGCUAACCUUGGCUGGCUAGAGGCUUAAGGAGAUGAUGGAUGUAAAGUGCUUUGUAGACCUUCAAUGUGACCCAUAAUUAUCAUGAUUAGUAUUAUGAUUAGUAUUGUUAUCUUCUCUUUGGGAACCAAAUAUCAGAUCAAUGGUCUUUGACCUUGACUUUUAAGGGGCCUUUAAAAUCACAGGUUUCAUUAAAGUGAUCUGUCCUGUCUCACUGCUGGUCUUGUGCUUCCACUCUUCUUCCAAGCUUAACUCUGUUGUGUGUGAUUGAAAAAGGGGAAUGGAUUGUCUAGUAAAUCUAGCAGAAGGCAUAGACUUCUAGGAAAAUGGAAAGCCAAGUUCUUUCUUCCAGAAAUAAAUGAAAACAUUUGACUCUGACCUAAAUUUGGCACCUGAGACAACCCCUAAAUCUCCAUUUCUCUGAACCCCUGUGAGAGCACCUCAUAAUUGCUUAUGGAACCAAUAACCAAGUGAACUUUUUAAACCAUGUGCCUAAGCAACUGCAUUUCCCACCAAAGAUUUAGUGAGAGAGGCCUGAGAGUAAUGGGUUAAUGCAUAAUUAAUCAGGCACUGGGGAGCCAAUCCACUCCAGGAAAUUUACAAUUUUUUGAAUUCCUUUAGUGAUGGCUGAAAUAACACUAGAAAAGGGUAAAAUGUCCAUUAAUUAUAAUUAAAAUGCUUACCUUUGAUAGACAGAGGUCCAAAAUAUAGCCCCAGUUCCAGGAGGGCCUUCUUGGCCUCCUUGUUAUUCAUAAAUUUGCAUCUGAGAAACAUCCCAGAGGUGGUCUCAGACCCUUCUCUUUAAUGAAGGCACCUCCACUUGUUUCAAAUGUCAAGGUGAUAGGAGUGUGAAUCAUGCUUGUCCUUGGUUCUUGCCUCUGGGAGAUUUCUUAGAACCAUUUAUACCUGAUGGCAUAGAGCUUUGCAUGGUAUGUCUAAACCCUGUUGUGACCUGAGGCAUGUCCUAGGAUGGUACCCAUACCCAUGUGGCAUCAAACUAAGGACACAAAGUGAAUGUUUGCGUGAGCAACCAAGCUACUGCUUGUCAUAUUGACCCCCAUUUCAUCAUCAAAUAUUUUGUGUCUUCAAACAUGUCACAAGGGGGAGGGGGGAAAUGUUUGAAAUGCAUGAUUUGUUCUCUCAAUCUCUCUCUCUCUCUCUCUCUCUCAAUCUCUCUCUCUCUCUCUCUCUCUCUCUCUCUCUCUGCAUUAAAGUGCUAAUGAUUUAUCAGUG